AUGCGUGAAUACAACGAGUCAAUCAUACCCCGAAUGCUAUCCCAAUGCGGACAUACCAUCUGUGAGGAAUGCGUUGGAAACAUGCUGAAAACCCGUAACAACCAAUUCGUCAGCUGCCCAUUCUGUCAGAGAGCCACUUUGGUUAACGGUCCUGCAAAUCUUCUCCCAAAAAAUUUCGCAUUGUUGGAAGUGAUGGAUAGCAGUGUUUAA